GCUGAAGGCGCCGGUCCCUCCUCCGGGCGGCAGGGCGCGCUGGCGGCGGGCUCCGGCCCUCCGGGCCGCGGCUGCUCGUCGUCGAGGGGCGGCCCCGGCCCGCGGUUGCCACGGCCGGGCCGCGGGCUGCUCGCUGGACUGGAGUUGCAGGUUUCUUACCUCUAAGGUUUUUCCAGCCAUGCAUCUUGCUACUCACAUAACUUUCCUGUAUUCCUGGCAAAAGACUCAUGUGUAUUCACAUUCCUGAUCUCUGUGUUUCGGUUCAAACACCUGAACUUACCACCCUGGGAGCCAAAACUAUACAGUAAAGGAAGAUGACUCUUUGAGGGACUGACUCUAUGGAGAGGGGUCCAUAGCUGGUACAUGGGAGGAGAAUGAACCCUCCAAAUGGAUUUUCCGAGCAUGCAGUGGCAUGUAUUACUUCGAGCACAGAGGGCAGAGUACUACAGGACCAGCAAGUGAAGAAGACUGGUGGAGCUAUGAGGAAGGAGGCUGGUGACAGCAAGGUGCUUGCACUUGAGGACCAUCCAGACAUAGAAUCCUUUUUAAAUGACACCUUAAGAUUUCCCCCUGAUGAAAUCAAACCCAAUAUGAAGAUUAAAUCUGUCAUUCCGAAGCCUCCCAGGAAACCCAGGCUAGCGCGAGCAUCAUCUCUUGAUGAGAAAAGCUGGAGGAGGAGGAGAGUGUUUAGAACGAGUCUGGAAAAUCUGAUUGAUCCCGAUGAGACAAGCUCCUCCAAUGGCUCUCUCCAGGAGUCGUCCCUGAAUCCUCCCACCAGGAGCAGAGUGGUACUCAAUGGUGAACAGGGUUCUUUGCACAACUUGCAGGAUGCCUCAGAAGUGAGCCCUUAUGGGAAGAACAAGGGUAGCAUUUCAGAUUCCGAGAAACAGGUCUCUGAGGUUCCCAGUGCCUCUGUGGGGCUUAUGCAGGGGAAAGAAUCUUCAGGCAGCAAACCCCGGCUGUCCAAAAUAACACCGCCUCGACCGCUGCCCCCCCUGGAACUCAGCGUGGCCUCUCACGUGCUGAGGACAGCUAAUAGGAUCGACUCAGAUUAUAUGGAUUACCAGCAUUAUUCUCAGAGCAGGUUUGAAAGGUUGAGCAGCAGCCUGAGUAACACCGGGCUUCACAACAGUGGGAUGGUCUGCGAUAGCUGUUCCACAGACUCCAUGAAGUCUACGUUCAGCCUGCUCACCCCUCUUCGUGCCAAGGAUGUUCGAAACAGAAGCUAUUUGGAAGGCAGUCUUCUAGCUAGUGGUGCAUUGCUGGGAGCAGAAGAACUGAGCAGAUAUUUCCCUGAUCGGAGCAUUGGAAUAUUUGUGGCCACCUGGAAUAUGCAAGGCCGGAAGGAACUUCCAGAGAAUCUGGAUGACUUCUUGUUCCCUUCGGAUCCUGACUAUGCCCAGGACAUGUAUGUUGUUGGCGUUCAAGAAGGCUGUCCAGACAGAAGAGAGUGGGAGAUCCGUCUGCAGGAGACGCUGGGGCCCCAUUACGUCAUGCUGUACUCAGCUGCACAUGGAGUUCUCUACCUGUCAGUGUUCAUAAGAAGAGACCUCAUCUGGUUCUGCUCAGAGGUGGAAUAUGCCACUGUGACCACUCGCAUUGUGUCUCAGAUCAAAACCAAGGGAGCCCUGGGAAUCUGCUUCACGUUCUUUGGGACUUCCUUCCUCUUCGUCACAUCCCAUUUCACAUCGGGGGAUGGUAAAGUGUAUGAGAGGAUACUGGACUACAAUAAAACCAUCCAAGCACUUGCACUUCCCAAGAACGUCCCAGAUACAAAUCCCUAUCGAUCCAGCCCUUCUGACGUCACAACUCGGUUUGACGAGGUGUUCUGGUUUGGAGACUUCAAUUUCCGACUAAACAAGGAUCGUGAGAGUGUAGAUUCAAUCCUGAACCAGCAUCUGGAAAAAGACCUGUCCAAGCUACUGCAGUAUGACCAGCUCAUUAAAGAAAUGAGUGAUGGGGCUAUUUUCAAAGGGUUCCAGGAGGCUGCCAUUCAUUUCCGUCCUUCCUAUAAGUUCGAUAUAGGGCAGGAUAGCUACGACACCACUUCCAAGCAGAGGACGCCUUCAUACACGGAUCGAGUGAUCUACAGGAGCCGUCACAAGGAUGACAUCCAUGCAGUGAAGUACUCCUCCUGUUCCAUGGUCAAAACGUCAGACCACAGGCCAGUGUACGGGCUGUUCCGGGUGAAAGUCAGGCCCGGCAGAGACAACAUCCCGCUCGCUGCAGGGCAGUUUGACAGAGAACUUUAUUUAAUUGGAAUAAAGAGACGAAUUACAAGGGAACUUCAGAAGCAGCAGGAGAUAAAGGACCAAAAAUCCAGCAGAGUCUGUACUGUUUCCUGACCUUAAAGCCCAGCAACAAGCUUGUAAAUGGUGCCCUGGAGGAGGAUUUCAGACCCAGGCAAAGAUGACUUGAUUCCAUGUCUGCAGAGGUACAGCUCAAACUCGGUUUGAGUACCAGUUGCUGUGGCCUGUGCCAAACAUCUUAAACUUCAGUUCUCAAGUUUCAUUUGCAUGAGCUAAUCCAAGGAACUUGAGUGCUUUAUUGCUGAAGAGAAAGGGAGUAAAUAUUCAGAACAGAUGCUUCUGCUUAUUCAGUCAGGUCACUUUUAGCAAAACUUCCUUUGCAAGCAACAGGAUGCAGUUCGGUGGUGAUUCUGGCCAUACCCAAGACAAGGUGCCCCAUUGGGUGCAUUGUAUUACGAGUGGUCUUGGAUUGGAGCGGUUACUCAGGGACAGUUUUCAAAAAGGAGACAAUGGUGGUUCCAUCUGUUCUAUUCAGUCUGUUCUGGAUACUUGCUUUGUAAGUAUCCAUCUCAGGAGGGCAUUGAUGUCAGUUGUUUAUUUCUUUACCUAUAGCCAAAUGUAUUCUGUAAAAUACCUAAGGGGAUCAACUAGAGAACCUGAGCAGUCUCUCUCCCAGGUUGAUGCUUGCUCGUAAUAGUUUUGCUGUUGUGGGCCACUGCAGCAAGAUCUGUAUGGAUGUACAGUAAUCAAAGUGCAUUUGAGAUGGCCUUUUAAUUAGUAUUUAUUUUUACUACUUCUGUUGUUGCUAAGGGUGCAUAUUAAUUUCUCAAACGAGCACACGUCCUCAGAUAAAGUCAGACUUUCUGAACCAAUGUUCAUAUCAUAAUUUAUGGAUCCUCUGCAGUGGAGAUCCAGUUUCUACUUCAUUGAGAAAUUGGCCACAAGCGUGCAGCAGCAAGAAACACUGCAGCUGAAAUCAGUGGCCUCCGUGGCGUUAAUGUGUAAAAAUCCAGCAAAAAGUGAUUUACGGUAGACGUAAAGACAGCACUAAAGAAAGCUACUUUGGGGUAGGAGAAAAAUAUGUUUUGACCUUUGGGAGAUAUUCAGAGCAAGAACCAGGAGUCAGAAUAACUCAGUUCUGUUCUUUCUCUGAUUCUCAGUUUGGAGAAACUAUGUCCCCCCAGUGGUUGUUUCCCAAUCAGCAAAAUGUGGAUUCUUCUGGAGGUAAAGGCACUCUUAAGUGUCAAGUAUUACACUUGUAAAAUGUGCGUGACAGUUACUACAGUAAAACUUCUCAUGGGCAUACCUUGCUUGAAUCAUUAGCUAAAGCUAACACUUUUUAAACCACAUUACUACUGAAAAUACAAAGCAAAUGAUUUGGAGAACGCUCCAUUGUAAUUCAGUAUUUUGCAAUCACCUACUUCCACAAUAAACCUUUGGAUGAAAAGGUACGUUCUAGAACAUGAACAAUAUUGUGAUCAUUCCAAACUCUGGAAAAAAACCUAUGAGAAGUACUACUCUUCAUUGGUAAUAAAUUAAUCACCUUUUCAUGUUUUCAACAAAAAUGUUGCUCUCAGUAAUCAUGUAUCAAUCCCUCCUUGAGCAAAACUUUCAUUGAGGUAUCUGAGGAUAGAAUUGUUGAAUGUGUAGGAGAGCAAAUGAGAAUUGGCUGCUUUAUUGAAGGAAUAUAAGGCUCAAUCCUGCAAGGUGCUGAGCAUGCCAACCCCAAUACAGCAAGACUGAAGCGUGGGGGACUACUCACCUGCUUAAAGUUGAGCAUGUGCUUAAGUGCUUUGCUCAACUGACCCGAGCACCUUAUGGAAUUGAGUCUUUAAUGUGUCUCCCCAUCCCCUUUGAAAAACACAUCAGAUUUUGGUUUAAGUGAUAUUUUCAUACUGCAGACAUAGCCUAGAAAUUAAAUUAUAAAGAAAAGUUCAACUUUCUCUCUGUUUUCAGCAUUUUUGUGUUAAAGCACCUGUUAGUGUGUUUUCUGUCCCAAUUUCUGUUUACAAAUAAAAUGAGGAGUAGAUUUACUCAUACCUCAAAUGGCAUGGUUUCUAAAAUUAAGCUUAUUACUGAGAGGCAGAUUUCCUGUGGGAACAGUACUCAGCUAUAAAAGGGACCUACUGCCCAUGUGCCAUAAAUCCUUUGCAGAGAGAGUGAAGGUUCCUGGGUAUGUGAAGUAGUGAUAAGAUGCAUAGCCCUGAGCCUAUGGGACCAUGCACAUGCCCGGAUAAAUAGCCCAGAGUGAAACAGAGCCUCUGUGAAUUUAAAACCGUCUCUAUUUGUGCACAAGACAGGUACAGCCAUCAGUCUUAGCCUUUUUUUUUUUUUGGGUUCCUUAAAAAAAAAAAAAGCCAACAAAACUGUGCACCUUAGCUAGAGCCAGCUUUCUUGCUGAGCAACAGCAGAGCUAAGUUCUAGUCAGAGCUGUGACAUGUGCUUACUGCCCAGGUGGCCAGGGGCUAAUCAUGUCAUCUUUCCUCAGCUGUAAAGGAGGAUAUGCUUCUUGCUUGCCUUACUAAGUGUUAAUGGAUUAGUUUAAAAGCACUUCAUUAACUAUCAAUUUAACAGCCUUCUAGAAAUCCAUUAAGAGUUGAUAACUUUCUAAACUGUCAGUCACUUUGCUCACUUACUAAUCACACCCAUUCAUUUCAAUGUCUUUAUUUGUUUCCUUGACAAAUAUACACACCACAACUGACCGGACAAAGCUGUAUGUUGUAAAACAUACCAUAGGUUCAAAAAGCGGCUGCAUUUUGUUAGUAUUAACACCACCACUUUGGGCCUGUUCUCUGGUCCAGGAACAUGCACAACUUCCACUCACAUGAAUGGAUGUUACGUGGGUGCAUCUAGUAGCUGCCUCUGAACCUUCUGCUCAGUUUGAUCACUUAUGCAGAGUCAUUUAAUGGCAGCAUUGAAUAAUUUCACUAUUUAGUCUAGAAAGGUCAGAAAUUUGUAUAUAACUGGAUAUUACAUCUCACCUGUCAAAGAUGAUGGUUUCUUGUGUUAACCCUGUUAUUGCUGGUAUUCUUAUAUGGAUUUCUUCUUAUGGGCUUUUAGUAAGAACCACUUACCUUCAAAACUAAGCUCUUUAUACAAAUCACUGUCUGGUUGCUGACAACAUUUAAAUCAGCUCAGUCUUUCCUGGGGAAAUAGGCAGUUAUCAGGGUAAAUUGCUUUUCUGUUAGCAAGAAACCAUGAGUUGCACUUAAGGUUCAACCUAAUUUCAAGUGAGCGCUGGGUGGCCACGUAUCUACCACCCCACACCCUUCACAGGGGGAUCUGUCUGACAGCACAGCACUUGAUGGAAAGCUGUAACUAAGUAAGUAUGUUAUCCAUGAUACGUUUAACGAGAACAUGCAGAAAUCCAAUUCAGAUUAUUGAAGGUAUUUUACAAAAGCAGCCAAUAUUUACAUUUUAAAAUGAACUAAGUAUAAACUCAGAACUUUGUCGUUGGGACGGAUUGUUCUAGUGUCCUCCCUUCAACUUAAUUACAGUUUUAUAUGUUCUCUGGACUAAGAAGCAUCACAUUAGCACCUUACUUUAGCAAUACUUGUAACAAUCCUCCCCAAGUGACAGUAUUACUACUCACAGUCUACAAGAUUGGAGGACAACUGAUUUAUGAAAUGUAACUCCACCUAAAUCUAUUCCUUUCGUAAGGAAUACAACACAUUUUGGGCUACAACCACCAAUGCUCAGACCUAUCAAGAAAAAAUAACAUGAACACACUUCCCUUGCAAUACAGGUUAUUUAAAGCAAGUGGUAACUGUAAGAAUCUUGGCUAUUUCAUCAGUAUGCGUAGCCCUUUCACCUGUAGUGGUUUACGUUUGCUUUGCCACACUGCUAUUCAAGGUGCCAAGGAGAUAGGCCUACACACACAGCCUACCGCAGAAGGCAGAAGAAUUUAUUGAUAGCCAAAGUGCUCGUUCAGAGCUGGGUCCGCUCUGUAAGCUUAUACCAGCGUGAACACUUCACAUUCUGAACAGCUGAAGCAGUCUCAGCUACAAGAGAAGUUCCAUAUUUACACCGUGUGCAUGUAAAUAUUCUUUUUUGCAGUGACAUAAUCCAAAGAACAAUAUGUGUAUAUAAAAAAGUAAGUCUCCUGUUCUAUACAGCAUUUGCUGCUUUAUCGAAAAAGCCGAUACAUCCUAGGUAGCCGCCCGUCCUUACUAGACAGUGCUGCUUGAAUGUGUUCAUAUGUAGGCAAUUCGGUCAAGUCACCCAGUGCAGCCACAGCUGGUUUGUUACGAAGCAUUUUAGCGACCACUCUCUUGAUGUCAUUGGGUUUCACGUUACCUGCAGACGAUGACAACAAGAGCUAUUUCAAAUGCAUUUUAAACAGAGAUAGAAGCUUUGCUCUGAAAACAGAAUGAUUUCAUUGUGCUAGAUCUAUACUUGGAAUGUCUGCAUUUUAAUCCCAGCUCUGACAAACUGUGUGUCAGAUUUCUCCUUCUAUCGAACGGGAGCACCAAGCUAGCUAGCUCACAAGCAGUUGAGGGUUACUUUGUAAGAUACUUUGAAGAUAUUAAGUUAAUUUAUUACAAGUAUGCCCAAUUAAAGGGGGACAUUCACAACUGCAUUUCCCUCUGAUUUUUAACUGUUAAAUAAUUGCCACAAUUGUUCUGAGAUCAGAGAAAACCUUUUUUGAUAGUGCUUUUGUCAGGCCAGUUCUGCUGGUCAGUUGCUCUGGUUUUGGUACACAAACCAGCCCAUAUCACUCACGCACUACGCCCCACCCACGAGGGCCUCUCUCAGUAAUGACAGCAGCAAAGGUGAAAUAAAUUCAGAGGCAACACACAGAUGACAGAAGAGACAGGAAUGGGGAGGAGGGGCAGAACUGGGCCUAGGUCUGUUCGCAGCAGCUACUCCCAGGGCUGUGCAUAAAAGCCUUAUGGGGCUGGCUCUUAAAUUAAUUUAAAAAUCAAAUUGAUGGUGUCUCUAAGCCUUGCUUAGUGUAAAUACACCCUAGGGCUACGGGGGCAAAACAAGCUCUUCCAUUUGCACUGUCACCCUCCCUCCUAACACCCCAUGAAGUGAGAAAGGUAGUAUUCCUGUUCUACAGAGGGGGAAACAGAGGAUCAGAAACAUUAAGUGGCUUGGCCAGACACAGAGCAAGACCAUGCGACAGCUGGGAUGGCCUGGCUUCCAGUGCAUUAGACAAAAAGGGCCUAAUCUGAAUUCUUUCCAUUGAUUUCAAUGGGCAUUGGCUCAGACUUCAUCGCCUCACUAGUUACAUUUGCUGUCUAUAUUUGAAAUACCAUCAGCAGCAAGGUGAGCUGGGCAUUUGCCCCAAUACUGACAAACAAAUAUUUAAUCCUUAGAGCGACUGCUGUCAUUGAGGGAUUCUGCUGAAACUUCCCUGCCCCCCACUCUGGGGGUUAAGAGCCCAUAGGAGCCCCACCCUGCUGAAGAGUUGAACCAGAACUGCAGAGGUGGCACCUGACCAAAAGGUCCUGUUUUUAUCAAGGACAGGACUUAGGUGUUUAUCCCACCCGAACUUGCGAGGUAGCUCCUGCGCGAAGGUAUCAGCAGAGUGCACCUACAGCCCAACAUGGUCAGCGCAAAGUCAGUGGGGUUUACUCACCGAUGAGAGAGCACAGCUCAUGAGGGAGCUUUCUUGUGUUUGUUGCCAGCACUUGCCUUCCUACAUCCUCAAAGAUAACUGGCCGGGAUUCUAGGUUCAUCAUAAGCAUGGAUUUCAGCUGGGUCUUUGCUCGCUCCAAUUCUACCUGUAUGGCAACAAAAUACAAAAGAUUGCUUUAAACUGGUCUCAGGACUGGCAACUACUCUACCUGCUGUACAUCCUCCAAGAAUAACUGGAAGACAUCAACAUCGCAUUCUGCUGUCAGCAUAAGUCUGGAGCUGGGGGUGGCCUUUACAGCUGGAAUGAGUCUAAAGAGGUGGGUUUGUUUUUUUUUUAAAAGGAAAAGGAAGGUGCUUGAUAAGGUAACAGACGGUACCAAAAUGAAGUGGCGUGAAGUCAGGCAUGGGCAAAGGGUCCCUUCUUCUACAUAGAUAUUUGACACCCGUACACACACAAAAUUGAUCUACAAACACCUGCCUCCUUGUGGAGAUGCUCUUGUGAUUACUAGACUAUUAAAGACAUGAUACACAGUCAGGAGAAAAUGUACAUUCAGAAUCUUACAUAUGAAAUUCAUCAGCCUAGCUAGGGCCCAUUACCAUAGUAUUUCAGUACUGAGACUAUGUGCAUAAAACAGAGUUUGGGCAACUUGCCUCUCCCACUGCUCCCGCCAUUAAAAUGAACUCUCUUGUGAUUAUUUCCACCAUUUCUCGGACCUGUAAAAACAAGCGAGUCUUUGAAAAAAAAAAAAAAAAAAUAGAACAAUGCCUGUCCAUUCUCUCACCUCGGGUUUAACCAAAACAAGAAAAAAAGAUCAAAAACCAGUGAUCAGCAGGACAUGACUUUCCCUUUUCUCCUUUUGGAGUCUGAAAGAUUCAAACCCCUCCCUUGCUGAACUGCAUGAGUACAGGAAAAUUGUAGUAGGGCACCACAGAAGCAAUUCCCAUCAUUGAGAAUGGAGCUUUACCAGAAGGGGAGUGAGGCUGUGCAGAGCACUUGAGCCAUUUAGGGAAGAUGUUUAUAACAGUGGGUCAGGAACACACAAACCCAAUUCAUCUUUAUACAUAGUCAGCUAAGUGGGAAAAUAGGAUACUCUCUUCCAGAGUAGUGAACUUUCACAAUGCCAGUAACAUUUUACAGUUAGAAUUGGCCAUUAUGAACAUGCAACCCCACUACAAAACAACAUAUCAUACCCUGUAGGUGUGAAUGACAAAGUCUGAUGUGUUAUAUGCAACUGAUAGUCGUUUUUUCCAUAUUAUCAUUAGCGGUUAUUGAAAUUAAGUCAGUGACAGACUUACCUUUUAUGAAUUUAUGGCUUGGGAUAGAAGAGUACAUACCUGUCGAGGAUCUGCACUGGAAUGAAUACACAAGAGACCUGUAUCUUCAUAACUGUGAUGGUAAGAGGUUGCAUUAUACAUCCAGUGAUGCCUGUAAGUACAAGAAUGUGCAUCUGAGUGCUCUAUAACUAACAAAAGACAAUACACUCCCUGCUUCAUCUUCAAGAUAGGAUUCCCAAAUGCUGAUUGCAAUUCAAACUAUCAGUCCAAUCGUCAGGAACAUGUCUCCGCUCCCCUGAUUAUUUUCUUCUAUGUAUGUCUGCCUUCUACUCGCCUCCCCACUGUUUCGACAGGAGGAGGAUACUGUGCAGGAACAGCUGCAUCAACUGCUGAUUUUCACAAUUUUUUCCCCCCAAUUGAGGACUUGGGCCAGUGGAGGAUGACAGGAUCCCAGGGCACCUGUGUGCUCAGUUGAAUGACACCCACCUCCUCCCAAAUAAGCCAUGUCUGCUUCUAAGAGCUGAUUUUUAAAAACUGGACAUAUUUAGGCUUUCAUGUGAGGCCUUCUCUUCAGGGCCCUCAUCAAAGAUGAGUCCUUUGGCAGCAUUCCUUGAAAGGGAGGUAAACACACCUGUUGAGCACAUUAAGAUACAGACGGGUGAACAUGCCCUUGCCAGGCCCUCCGGCAGAAAAGGAGCCACCGCCUCCCAUCAUCAUGUUUAAUACAGCGAAGGGAAUGAAGUCUUCCUCC